AUGUUUUCAAUGAUUGAUACUAGUGCACGAGGACUCGGCGCCUACGGCCUGAUACUACUCGUGCUAGCAUUCGCAGGCUAUGUCGUGCGCCAGGUGUUCUUCCACCCCCUCAGCGACAUUCCAGGGCCCCUACCGGCCAAGCUGACUCGCUGGUGGCAAGCUUAUGAGGUCUGGUCAGGAGCCGCCGAGAAGACAGAAAUUGCUCUUCACGAAAAAUAUGGUGAGGACGGCUCCCUCUCAUCAGCUGGCGAAGGAACAGGACUCGUUAAUCAUGAAUCAACAUUUGUAGGAUCCCUGGUGCGUGUAGCUCCGAAUCAGGUCAGCAUCUCGGACCCGGAAGCUAUCAAAUUGAUUUAUGGGCCAAAUUCUCGUUUCCCAAAGACCGAUAUGUAUGCCGCUUGGAAACAUGGAUACGACAACAUGUUCACUUACCGAGAUGAGAAAGAACACGCAAAGCACCGCCGAGCCGUCGGGAACGCCUAUACGAUGAGCUCCGUCCUGGAUUCCGAAGUAUACAUUGAUCAAUGCUCGGAUCUAUUCGUGCAAAGACUGGGGGAGAUGGCUCAAGCCGGGCAGACAGUCGACCUGGGUCACUGGUUGCAGAUGUACGCGUUUGACGUCGUGACCGAGUUGUUCUAUGGCAAGGCCUUCGGUCUGAUGGAGGGCCGACAGGACUUUGGAUGGUUUGAGCUGCUCGAAGGCGUCGUUCAAGCCGUUGCUAUUAUGGGGAUGAUACCUUACGUCGUGUCGUUCUAUCAUAUGCCGUUGUGGCAGAAGAUAUUUCCUGGAGUCAAGGAGGCCAAUGAAAAGCAAUUCAAGAUGAUCUCGGUCGCACAAGAAAGAGUGGCAGAGCGGAUGAAGGCCAAAGGCGGACGGAGAGACAUGAUGGAAAAGUUCAUUGAGCGACAUCGAGAGAGCCCAAACGAUAUGACAGUCCAGUGGAUCGAGAUGGAAGCUGUCGUGGCUUUAUUUGCAGGGUCCGACACAACGGCCUCCGCACUGCGAAGUGUAUUCUACUAUCUGCUGAAGAAUCCGUCAACCUAUGAGACUCUGCGAAAGGAAAUCGACGACAUGGAUGCUCAGCGUGAAUUGUCCCCCAGAGUCUCUUUUGCCGACAGCAACAAAAUGCCAUACCUUCUCGCGGUCUGCAAAGAAGCCAUGCGACUGAAUCCUUCCGUUGGCCUUGGUCUCCCUCGCUAUGUCCCACAAGGAGGAAGAGAGAUUUGUGGACGGUAUUUCCCGGAAGGGACUCGUGUAGCCAUCAACGCCUGGGUAGUCCACCUCGAUGAGAAAGUCUUCGGUCGCGACCCCAAAGCAUUCCGUCCAGAGCGUUGGUUGGAAGGUGACGCAAAGGUCAUGGACCGGUACAUGUUCCAGUUUGGCUCCGGUAGUCGCACGUGUACCGGCAAAAACAUUGCCAUUCUACAGCUGCAGAAGGUCGUUCCGGAGAUCCUCCGCCGGUUUGAUAUUUCGCUGGUGGAGCCGAACAAAUCCUGGAAGACGAUCAAUCAUUUCUUUGUGAAGCAGGAAGGCUUGAAUGUCAAUCUUCGAGAGCGAUCCGACGUCGACAUCAUCAUAACCCAACUCGCGGAACGUAACAUUGUCGUGCGGAUGGAGUCGGCGUACCCUCCUUUUGCAGGCAUUUACGAGCCGCAAGGGUUGAAGAAGUUGAUUUACGGAUCCGGCGUGGUGAACGAGCAGCUCGGCUCGUGCCUUCCUGGGCCAUCCUCAAAGGCCUUCGUAGUUACUGGCACUUCCCUGGCAACGAAGACACCACUCAUCGAAGAGAUAGAGGAGCUCUUGACUCCCGAGCGCCAUGCAGGGACUUUUGCCGGUAUACAGGAGCACAACCCUGAAGGGCCCUUGCAGAAAGCUCUCGCCCAAGUCAAAGGAGACGCCACAAUUGACACCAUCAUCAGCGUUGGAGGAGGGAGCCCCAUAGACGCAGCCAAGUCUAUCAUAUUCAACAUUGGCACGGAGGAUGGAAGAUGGUUAACUCACAUCGCGAUACCAACGACACUCGGUGCAGCGGAGUGUACAGAUCUUGGAGGCACAACGAUGGCAGACGGAAUGAAAAAAGGGAUCCGAAAUCCGAAUGUUAUCCCUCAUUAUAUUCUAUAUGAUCCCCAUUUCGGUCUGUAUACGCCACCACAGUUGUUCAUGAGCACUGCUAUCCGCGCCUUGGAUCACGCCGUGGAACUACAAUACCAUCCAUCUGCGACCUGGCAUUGUCGAGUUAUGUGCUUGAGAGCCAUAUCAGCCUUGUUCGACCUACUACCUAAAUACAAGGCAAAUCCAAAGGAUGAAGAUACCAUCGUCCGGUUGUUUCUUGCAGCAUAUGCGAGUCUAGGGUUCGUCGGGCGGAAUUUGCAAGGUUCGCUCGGUCUCAGCCAUACUGUGGGCUACUCAGUGGGCAGUCCAUACGGCAUCCCCCACGGCAUCACCAGCUGCAUGACCCUAGGCCCAAUUGUAAAGCUGAAGGCUAGAUUCGAGAAGGAAGAUGCAAAGCAGAUAGCGGCCAUUCUGCCAGUCAUCGGUGGAUCCGAGUCUAACGAUCCGGUCCACGACUGCGAGCUUGUUGGCGACAAAAUCAUCAGGCUGGUUUCUGACUUGGGUUUGUCAACCACACUGACACAGUGGAAGGUGGAUCGCGAUCAGGUGGACAUAAUUUGUGCCCGCGCCACUGGCGCCUGGAUGCCAGGAGAGAGCAAGCAGGAAAAGGAGCCCGGAUACGAUUUAGCAGUCCGGGAGGUUAUUGAGAGCUUGUAUUGA